UCACAGAAAAUUCCCACAGGUCAUACAAACUACAAGAAUGGAAAGUUACCUAGGAAUGUUUUCCUUAGGAAUCGGUUUAAUAAUAUGUGGCCUAUAAGAGUGAUCAAAAUAGAAAAAGAUUUGUAUUUUCUGAAUGGAUGGGAGAAAUUUAUUGAGGACAACAGUCUAGAGUUUGGAGACUUUAUAAUAUUCGAUUAUGAUGGAAAUGAAAUAUUUAACAUAAAAUUACUUGGAAUAAAUGAAUGCAUAAAGAAUGGAGCUAAAUGUGACAAUAAGGAGGAAGAAGUGAAUGUUGAACAUCGAAAGAGUAUAGAACCAAAAGAAAAAAACAAGACUAGAGAUAACAACAAUAGCUCAUUUGAUGAUGAUAGUACUGAUAACUACAUGGUAGAAGAAGAAGAUAAUGACGAAGAAGAGGUGGAAAAGGAAGAGGAAGAAGAUAAUGAACAAAAAGGGGAGGAGAAAGAAACUGAGGAGGAGGUGGAUGAAGGGAAAGAGGAUGAAACAGAGGAGGAAGUGGUGGAGAGGAAGGAGAAUGAAACUAAGGAGGAAAAAGAUGAAGAAGAGAAUGAAAUGACUGACACAUUCAAGAAAAAGAUGUCAGGUUCAAAAGAUGGAUGCCGAAAAGCUAUUACUUGCAAGGUGAGGAAUGUGCAUGACAAAUAUGGUGUAGAUAUAUUCAGAAGUCGACGCGCAACUCAGCCAAAAAAUCCUUACUUUGUAGCAAAGAUACGAGCAAAAAUGAGAAAUCAACUGUAUGUUCCAAUUGAUGUGGUGAGAGACUACGAACUUAAACUCCCUCCAACCAUGAUCAUUCGCAACUCUGUUGGCAGAGAGUUUGAGACAAAAGUCAAUAAUUGGAGCAAUGGAACAAUAUGGCUAGUAGGCGGAUGGCGCAAUUUAUGUAGGUGGAAUCUUGUGGAAAAAGAUGACAGGUGUAUUUGUGAAUUUGUGAGAGAAAAAUGCGGCAAAAUCCUUUACUUUCAAGUUCAAGUUCUCUAUGAAGGAUCAAAUUCUCAUCACAACAAUAAAUAAGAGAAAUAGUUUAUUACUAUUUCAUAGCAUUUUAAUUUUUAUGGCCUUAAGUAUUAUUAUGUGUUGACAGAUUUUGAUGACUAUAAGCAUUGUUGUUUGUUGACAAAUUUUG